GCCGCGCCAGUUCCCGGCGCUCCCGCCGCCGCAUGGCCGAGGCUGCCGGUUCCCCGCUUCGCCCCGCUGCGGGCAGGUGCGGGGUGAGCGGUGCGGCGGCGGCCCGGACUCGCUGGCGGCUGCUCGGACAGGUUCUGAGGAAAAAACACUUGAACGAUGUGCAUCUCCAACAAGUAUCUGUAAGAAGGUUUGCAUCAUUCAAUCUCUUUUCGGUUGAAGACCAGAAUACAGAAGAGGAAACUGGGACCUGGUUUCAUUAUAGAAGCAUCUUUUAUCCCAAGUACAGUGUCUCCUUAAGAUUUCACAAUGGCCUCUUAGAUGUUAAAGAUGUUCUUACAAGUUUUGACAACACGGGGAAUGUCUGUCUCUGGCCAUCCGAAGAAGUGCUGGCUUACUACUGCCUAAAGCAUAAUGAAAUAUUCAGGGACCUUGCUGUGUGUGAGCUAGGGGGUGGCAUGACAUGCUUGGCUGGGCUCAUGGUUGCUAUUUCUGCAGAUGUCAAAGAAGUUCUGUUAACUGAUGGAAAUGAAAAGGCCAUCAAAAAUGUAAAUGAGAUCAUCGCAAGAAACCAAAACACCGGAGUAUUUAAGGCUCAGAAAGUAUCAAGCUGCAUUUUACGAUGGGAUAAUGAGACAGAUGUCUCUCAACUGGAAGGACAUUUUGACAUUGUUAUGUGUGCUGACUGCCUGUUUCUGGACCGGUACAGAGCUAGCCUUGUUGAUGCAAUAAAGAGAUUACUCCAACCUAGUGGAAAAGCAAUGGUAUUUGCUCCACUCCGAGGGAAUACUUUAAACCAGUUUUGCAAUCUAGCUGAAAAAGCUGGUUUCUCUAUCCAAAGACAUGAAAAUUAUGAUGAACACAUUUCGAACUCCCACUCCAAGUUGAAAAAUGAAGAAAAAGAUACAUAUGAGGAAAACCUCCAUUACCCUUUUCUUCUCAUUUUAACCAAACAGAGAUAGAAGAUUACACCUUUUUUUUUAAGAUGGACUCCCAAAAAUUAAUCUGUGUGUGUGGAUGGUCAGGGAGUGUGGAAUGUUCAUUUUCCCCCAUUUAUGUCCCUGAAUCAUCACUGGAGAAAUACUUCUAAUCUAAAUGCUGAAGAAGAUAUCAUGGCUUGUUUUGCAGAGUAUAAACAUUGAGCCAUCUUUUUCUGUAUCAUUUUAGAAGUUAUUUUUCCAGUUAUAUUCGAGCCUUAAACGGAUUUCACAUGUAUGCAUUAACAAAGAUGUAAAGCUGGCUUCCUUCUCUUUUGUGCCUUUAAACUUGCAUGUACUUUGUUGAUCUCUUUGAAUGCUAUUUUCGAGGUGUAUUUGAAAAUAUAUGGAUAAUAUACUUUGUGGGCUUAGGUUAUUUGUUAUAAAGAAGUGAAUGCAUUGACACUUAAUUAGUAAGGAAAUAGUUGUCUGAAGAUCUCAUAAAAGUGCACCUAUCUAACGCUUGUAUUUUUCUGCCUUUUUUUUUUAAAUUCAUUGUUGAUUUUUCUAUCCAUGAUUGAAAUGUCCUCAUUUGCUGUAAUACUGAAGGCUCCUUUUCUAUAUGUGUGUAUGUAUGUUUUUUUUCCAGCAUGGCUUUUCCUCCUGUAGAUUUAUAAGAAAUUAUGCAUCAGACAAAAGCCUCAUAAACUGACCAUUUGUCCUUUGGACACAAUAGCCUGCCCAGCCCCUCUGCUCCUCCUCUCCAAUUAUGUGUGAUUAGUCUCAGUGUGUUGUGUCAAGAAGGGGGAGUGUGCUGAGUGCUUAUUAUCUGUUUAGGUACAAGAAGAGCACAUUUAGGUUCUGACUAUGAAUGGAAAGUGAGCCUUUAUCAGGACUAAAAUCUAAAUGCUACUAUCCUAGAAAUUGCUUUCAAAAAAACACAUGCUUUUUUUGAUAAAUUCCAAGAAACACUGUAAGACCUAAAAGAUUUUAUAAUGUAAUCAAACUAUCUCACUUGAAUUAGUUUAUAUUGUGGCCCAUAUAUUUGAUAUACACUUAAUGUGAUUUUUCUUGUACUGGAAAAUACAAAAAUCCUACAAAGAAACAGGAGUAGUAUCUGAUUUCUUUACGGUUUAACAGACUGUUUUAAUGACUUCUCAGUAGCAGUCUUUAAACCACAACACUUUUUAAAUGUUGAAAAAAGAGAGAGAGGCCAAUACCAUGACUGAGAGACGAAGAUACUAGCUAUAAGCAAAUGUAGAGAAUCCUUCUGAAAUACAUUAAUUAAAAGAACUGCAAUUUGACAAUAAUCAUUCUUCCAUAUUCAAGAAAUUGGCCAGCAUGUAAACCACAAGCUCCUGAGAGUCCCUUGCUCUUCCUAAUUCUUCCCAAAUAAAUUUCUUCACUACCAGUUUGCACGUCCUUGUAUUCAGUACUUUUUAUGCUCCAUUAGAGCACCUAGAUGGAUCUCAGAAGGCAUAGGUCAAGUCGCAGUUAGAUCAUACAUUUCUUUUGCACAAAAACUUGAAUUGCAAUGCCAAGUGAUGGGCUAACAUCACAAUAACAGCAAUUUAUUCCUCUUUUGAUAAAAAGCAGCCUAUUCUUGGUGUUAGAUAAAGACCAGGGGCAAUGCAAACCAACCAUUUAUCCUAGAACUGAGUAGUAUAGCUGGUAUGAGUUUCAUAUUCAAACUCCUGUUGGAAAAUACUUGUGUAGAAAGAAACCAAAAGCAUUGAGGAGUAAUUUGAAAUUGCUGUGAAGAUGGCUUUAGUGUAAUUAGUUUUGCUUUGUUUUGUUUGUCCCACACAGCAGUGCCUUUGUUUCUCUAAAAGCAUGUAUGAGGAGAUCUUCAUAAUCAACAAAGCAGUGUGGAAAAUAGCACAAUAUUAAAAUUUGUGAACCUUUUAUUUUUGAGAGAACCUGAAUGUCUGCUGUACAAUAAUCUAAUAAAGAUUGUUAGUUGCCAAAAAUAGAAGCAAUGCCAUUUGAAAAUUGUGGUUUUAGCUCUAAGAAGAAAACAGUUUUACUCAAAUUAGUAGCUGAUAAUUGCUUUUUAUUUCUUUAGUGUCUGUCGUUUGAGUUGAAGGCUUUGCACAGGUGCUGCCGACCCUAAAGUGUGUAAUUGAUGGCUUGUUUACCAAAGAUGCAUUUAGGCUUCAUCCUGCAAACUCAUCUUGGUGCUCCACAGGCAGUAAAGUUACUCAUCUACAUAAGUGCUUGCAGGUUUGGUCCAUGUACACAUGUUUAGAGGUAUAUAAACAUGUUCUCUUUUUGAUUAUUUUUGUUUUAAAAAUGGGUGUUGAAAAGUCACAGAUAUAGGAUUUACAUGAGGCACUAAGAGUGUUCCCUUUCAGAUACAUCUCUGAGUCUCUUGCAUUAGUAGGUAUUUGAAUUGUUUCUGAGCACUUAAAUUUUAAUAAAAAUACAGUGUUUAUUAAUACAUCAAAUGUCUUUGCUAAGAAAAUGUUAGGCAGUUUGUCAAAUCAUGCUUAUAAAAUCUAACAGAGCCUUUUAUGUCAUGUGUUUUAACUAGUCUCUGAUACUUGGUAUAUUUUUAAUGAUAUAAUUUACAGUGUUCUGUAACAUAAUAUUGAGCUUAAUUACUUUGUGUUUGCAAAGCAUUUGAAGUUGAAUGGCAAUGUGCAAGAGCUAAGCUGGCUUCGCUGAGAAUGGAAAUGUUAGGCUGAUACAAGCUUUCCUUCACACAUACUUAAUUCUUACGGCAAUGUUGUGGCUUCCUUCUUUCUCAGAGCAAAAUGGCUGAGAGGAAUGAUAUUCUUGUGGACAUCCAUCCCUUGGGCACAGCUCUCAUACACCUGGUGCCAAAGAUAGUUGUGUAAUCUUCAGGAUAGGAAAGAUAAAGAAGAAAGUAUUCCUUUUCCUGCUGUGAAAUAUCGCAAAUCCUUGCUCUAAAAUUUGCAAACUAGUCCCAACUGAUAGCAUUAUGGAACA